AUGGCUUCAAAUUUGUUCAAGAAUGAAUAUCUUCACCGGUUCAAAGAAGAAGACAGUGAGAUUGAAGAACUAUCACGUAUAGAGGAAAAUGAACUGCUGCAAUCGCCCAAGUUUAAGAAAUUACAAUCAUCUUCACCACCAAGAUCAAAUUCUGGUUCACCACAAAAAUAUAAUAAUAAUAUCAAUAAUUCAUUUGAAAAUAUCCCCAUUUUAAACUAUGUGCCCAAUGGUGAAAUACCUCAAACACCUACAAAACCUAGGAAUAGAAAUAAUCUAAAAUCAAGAUCUUCUGUUCCACAAUUAUCUUCACAACAACCUCAAAGAUUUAAUUUUAAUACACCAACAAAAAUUGAUCCAUUAGUACCCAAGGCUUCAAAUUCAAAAGUUUCAUUAACACCAGCUCAAAGAUUUGAGAAAAAACCUGGUAAAUUAUUUUCAUCAAGGGAUAUUUUAUCAUCUUAUGAAUUUAAAGAAACUAUUGGUCGUGGUGCUUUUGCUAAUGUUUAUAGAGCUAUUAAUAAAAUUACAAAUGAUGAAGUUGCUAUAAAGGAAAUUUUUAUUGAAGAUGAUGAUAAUAUACUGGAAUUAAUGUGUGAAAUUGAUUUAUUGAAAAUUUUAAAACAUAAAAAUAUUGUUAAAUAUCAUGGAUUUAUCAAAAAUGAUAAAAAAUUAUUAAUUUUUCUAGAAUAUUGUUCUGGUGGGUCCCUUAGAACUUUAUAUAAAAAACAAGGUCCAUUAAGUGAAAAACAAGUUGCUAAAUACCUUGUACAAGUCUUGGAAGGUUUAAAAUAUUUACAUAGUCAAGGUGUCGUUCAUAGAGAUGUUAAAGCUGCAAAUAUCUUAUUAACUUCCAAAGGUGAUAUAAAAUUAACAGAUUUUGGUGUUUCCACAAAAGUUUCUUCAAAUACUAUUAAAACUUAUUCAAUUGCAGGUACACCAAAUUGGAUGGCACCUGAAAUUAUUUCCAUGGAUGGUACUUCAACUGCAUCUGAUAUUUGGUCAUUAGGUGCAACUAUAGUGGAAUUAUUAACUGGUGAACCAUUAUAUUCUCAUUUAAAUGAAAUGGCUGCAUUACAUGCUAUAGUAACUGAUGAUUCACCACCAAUACCAACUUUCAUAUCAGAACUUUGUAAAGAUUUUAUUAUGAAGUGUUUUGCCAAACAACCAAAUGAAAGAAUUUCUGCUAAAGAAUUAUUUAAUCAUCCAUGGUUAACCAAGUUUAAUAAGAAGAAUAAAUCCAAAUCAAAUGCAUCAUCAAUAACUUCUUCAUCAUCAUUAGAAAGGAAACCAUCAAUUAAUGAAUUUAAUUCAAUUAAGAGAUCCACCAUCAGCAAAAAUUUCUUACCUUUAGAUAUGCAUUCUACUUUUAAACAUUCUGAACAUGAUUUAAAUACAUUCAUUGAUAAUAAACUUAGUAAUGAAUUUGAUACUUUAGAUUUAAAUGGAACAAGCUCAACAUUAUCAAGUCCAAUUACAUCAAAUCCAAUUACAAAUCCAUCUAAUGGUGUUUCAUUAUUUAGACCUUUAGAACAAGAUGGAUUUAUAUUAUCUGCACAGAAACUAAAGAAAAAACUAAAAUUGAAUCCAUUAGAUAUAAUUACAUUAAAAGAUAUAAUAAGGAAAUUAGAUAAUGAUACUAUAGAUUCAUUAGAAUUAAUUAAUGAUGGGUUCAUUUAUCAAUUGAGUUUCACAAUAAAUCAAUAUAUCCAAGAAUUUGAUUCAAUUAUAGAAAUUUUUAUAAUGUUGUCUAAAUUAAUUAUUAAAUUACCUGAUAUUUCCACAAUAAUUAAUAAUUCUGGUAUAAUAGGUUCAUCUAAAAAUUUAAUAACUAAAGAAACACCUUCCAUGUUAAGAAAUCAAAUCGUUGAAUUUUUAAAUACAAUUUUCGAUAUUGAUGAAAAUUCAUUAAUUAUAUUUAUUCAAACUGGUGGAUUAUUUGAAAGUUUAAACCUGUUAGAGGAAGAUUUUAAAUUAGAUCCAAAUUUACCCAUAUUUACAAUUAGAACAAUAAGGAAAUCUUUCCAAAUUUCCCCAGGUAAAAUACCCAAAGAUUUAAUAACUUUCACAAUUUUCAAUACACCAAAUACGAUUGAUUGGAUUGGAAUUUUUUUGAUGGUAUUCUCUCAAUCAAAUCAUACAUCGGCAAUUAAUGAUGUUGUUUCUAUUAUAUCAGAAUUACAUUCAAAUAAUAAUAAUGUUGAUUCAUCAGUUUUCAAACCAAUGUUUUUAAAUUCAAUUUUUAAAAUAUUUGAUAAAUUAUCUAAUGAUAAUCAAUUUAAAAUUUUGGUUUUUCUGAAAAAAUUAAAUUUAAAUGAAAUUUCUUCAAAUGUUAACAUUUUGAAAUUCUUGAUUAAUUCAUUAGAUAAACAACAAAGUAAAAAAUCACCAAGAUAUGAUUUCAUCAAUUUAAUUUGUUCAAUGAUUUUCAGUUGUUGUCAUUUAAACCCAGAAAAUCAAUUAACUAUAAUCAAAUAUAAAGUAUUCCCAAUAUUCUAUAACUUGAUUAUUAAUUUACAAAUUAAAUUAUGUUUUGAAUUUAUUUUCCCCUUAGUUUGUGAAUUAUCAUUUAAUCAAUCCUUAAUUAAAUUUUUACAAAUUUCAAAAUUUGAAAUAUUGGAUAUAUAUAUCAAUUCUUUGAAUGAUCCUGUUUGGAAGGCUAAUUCAUUAGAUUCAAUUGUGGGGAUUUAUGAAAGAUUAGGUCAUGAUGAAUCAAUUAUAGAAAAAAUUAUGAAUUAUGAUGAUACAAUAAUUGGAAGUUUUAUGGAUAAGAAUUGUUUGAAUUUUGAAUUAUAUUUAGAAAGAUUCAUUAAAUUAUUAAAUUCAUAUCAAAUUUCUAAAUCAAUCAAUCAACUAAGGUUUCAAUUAUUCAAUAAUGUUCAAUUUUUAGAAAAUAUUUUCUACAAAAUUAAUUUUUACCAAAAUGAUUUAGUUAUAAGAUUAAAUCUUUUUAAAUUAUUGAAAGUUUUAUCAGAAAAGGCUAAUGAGGAGUCUUAUAAUGGAACUUCCCAAAUCUUACAAAAGAAACUUGUUGAAAUUAAGCCAACAAAAUCAUUAUUAAUUGAUAAAAUAAUUGAUGAAAUAUUAUCAUCAUCUUAA